ACACGAUCCAAAUAAAGAACACCCAAGCGCUCCAUCGAUCCAAUCCCCCUCCCCCACUCCCUUUCACGUUUCGAAUUUUAAAAACCUUUCUUUUUUAUAAAUCCAUUUGCCCAUUUAAGCAUCAACCUAUUUGAAAUUCAAUUCUGUUGUUUUCGGUGUCUGGUUUUAAUUGAUGGUAGAAAAUGAAGGUGGAAGAAGAGUGUACGACUCCGAAGAGCAUGGGAUGUCGGAUUCCGACUGCCCUUGUUUGUCCACCACCUCCCAAGAAGAAGUCGGUGGUUGGAAAGAAACGAGACCCACCAAAAGACGGGUAUUUUCAACCGCCUGAGCUUGAUGCUCUGCUUUCCAUUUUCACGUCAUAGAUACGAAGCUUGGGCAUAAUCCGCCCUAAAUAUGCAUUUUUAAUAUCGUUAAUUUACUCUAUUCUAGGGACUGAAGGGGCUUAGUUUGAAAUUAGAAUUAAGGGAGUAAGAGAUGGGGACAUUAGAUGCAUUUUUCUAUUUCUGUAGAUAUAAAUGCGUGUCUCCUGUUAUGCUAAUGCUAGUGAGAUUUCUAAAUUUGUUAGAUUUUAGGGAGUGUAACUGGUGCCGUUGCUUCGAAUUGCUGGUCAGUUCAUUGCCUUCCUUUUCUAGUGGUUUUUAUGCUCUUGCAAUACAUUUAUUUACUUGUUGAUUUUCCAAUCUCAAGAGAAUUGUCAGAGCACCGAAACUUUCCUCAGAUCUCCGUAAGCAGGCCGUGUACAGGAAAAUUAGUUGUCGUGUAUGCAUGAGAUUACAAGUUUUUUUGAAAGAAUUAAUGCACUGGAGGAGUCUAUGGAGAAAAGAGAGAGUGAAGGAUCAUUGAACAUGAUGUGACAGACAUUCAGCAAUUAAUUUGGUGGUAUCUCGCAUUAUUCUCCACCAACCACAGAAUUGGAGGAUUUGUUCAUAGUAAUUUCUUGGCUAGAAAGGAGGUAACUUUCUAUGGUUAAAUUGGUCAAAAAAAUCUUGUUUUAAUCUUAAGAAUAAUAUAAUGUUAUGUUCGAGCCUCCAUUUCAACCAAUUUGGAUGCCGAUCUAGCCCAAAUGGUCAUGAGACCUGGCAUGUAAAUCUUUUGCAGUAAGAAAAUUUUAGAAUCAUCCCA